AGGAGGACGAAGAAGAAAAUUGUUUUCAUUAGCAACUGUCUUGUCCAGCUGAAUCAAAUUAUUGUGCGAAGACGGAACGACCGAAUCAAAAGUAAACGGUGUAAAAGAUGUCUUUUCUACUGGAGGACACAGCGGCAGAGGAGCCUGUCAAAUACAUCACGAACCCCCUGAGAGGUACACAAGAACAUGUUCGAGUGCGUCUGGACCUGUCGCGGGUGUCCAGGAAGGAGCUGGAGGACAACUUCCUGCAGCUGCACGAGGACUCGCUGGUCCUCAAGCAACACAUCCACCAACAGGAGGACAAGAUCAAGAAAUUGGGCACCAAGCUUUUGAGGCUGGUCAAGGACCGCCGUCGCAUGGAGCAGCUGGCCAGUGGUGUCGGUCCACCAGUAUCAGGGAGGCUGGAUGCUGAGAAGGAGGAUAUGAUGGACGAGUUCCAGGAGAAGGUCCGAGCACUCGAGGCAGAGAACGAGAGGCUGAAGCAGCGUUUGUUUGUGGCCAAGCAGCAGCUCCUCGGAUCCCCCAGUGGAGCUCGCUCGCCUUAUGGACGUGUCCAGUCACGCAUCACCCCGGGCCUCAGAAAACAGGAUGACGCCUCGUCCCCCUUGCUGACUCCGCCCAGACGUGCCAGAAGUUUGGCAGGAGACGACAGACCUCCGACCGGCCAGGCCACACCAUACAUACAGAGCCUGCUGGAGGAGGCCCGUGAAAAGACACGAAAUCUAGAGAACGUGAUUGAAUCGCAACUGAGGCGCAUUGCGCAGCUGGAGGAGGAAAAACAGGUGACGUUUCAGCAACAAAACAAGUCAGAACUCAGGUCGCAGAUUAACAACAAUGUGACCAUGAUUAAACUGCAGAAGCAGCUGUCAGAAAGAUCCAACGCCAUCGUGGAGCUACAGGCCCGUUUCCUGCAGCUGCAAGAGAGUCAGCGCACACAGAAAGCGUGCUACGACGCAGCUACGGCCAAGGUGGCUGACUUGUCGUCUCAGCUGAGGGAUGAACGUCUGAAGAGCGUGGAGCUGAGGACUCAGCUACAGAGCUCGCAGGUGUCACAUGCCAAGUUGCAGCAGUUACAGGAGCGUCUCAGCGAGGCUGAGCAGGAGAAGGAGCUGCUGAAGGAGCAAAACGAGAAGCUGGUCAACAGCAUGUUUGACGUGUCUCAGCAGCAGAAGUGGAGCGUUCAAGAACAGCAACUCAAGCAGCACAUCGCGCAGCUGGAGACAGCGUUGCAGGCCGACCUUCAUGACAAGAACCAAAUUCUGGACAAGGUGAAGGCUGAGAGGGACACAAGCGAGAAGCUGACAGAAGAAAACCAGAAACUUCUUGUUGAGCUUGCAGAGCAGAAGCAGCAGCUGAAGGAGCUCCAACGCCGUGUGGAUGUCUACAGCAGGACCAAUGAGUACGAUGUGGCUGAACUAACGGAGGCGCUGCUGCUCAUCAAGGACCGUAAAUCCCAACGUGCCGGAGAGCUGAGCUUCCUCCAGGAAGGGCAGGAUGGUCCAAGUGGUGGCGGCAUCAGAGAACAUCAAGAUGCUCAUGCUGAAACCAUCCAGGAGUUGGAGAAGGUCAGACAGCUGCUGACCAUGGAAAGCCAGAUCAGUAGUGACCUCAAGGCGGAGCUAGACAUCGUGCAGAGGAAGGUGGAGUGUGACAAAAGCACAUAUACGCAGCAGCUGGAACAUCAGACGCAGAUGGUGGCCGCCAAGGACGCCAAGAUCCACAAACUGCAAGCUCAGCUGCGAGAUGUUGCCUACAGUACCAAGAGCUCUGUCCUCAAAGCCAAUAUCCCAGAUGAAGAUGGAACGCUCCAUCUAGAAGACGGAGAGAACCUUCUGGAGCUUCAGAUAGUCGGCGCCACUCUGACACCAGAUGCCCUGGAGACUCUGGGUGACCCCGCCCCCUCCACCUUCUGCACCUACGCCUUCUACCUCUUUGAUCUGCAUGCCACUCCAGUGGUGACGGGCCCGGCUCCCAAAUACGGCUUCACAUCAAAGUAUGUGGUGAGCGUGGAUGACAACUUCCUGGACUACCUCCACAGACACACUGUGAGUGUGGAGCUGCACCAAGCUCUUGGACUCAAGUGGAGGACGGUGGCCAGCACGCAGCUUCGCCUGCACCGCCUCCUCCUGCAAGAGGGAACGGUGGCUGGGAGCCUUCCGCUGGUUGGAAGUUCUGGUAAAGAGGGCUUGUUCGGAUCGCUAGACUACUCGAUCAAGCUUCGUGUUCCCAUCACAGAAAGUGGACAUCUGUACAAAGACAGGCUGACGGAAGCUGGAAGCCAUGAUGGGCAGUCCAGAUUGGAGCCACAAACGCAAUCUCAGGUUCCACCAGGAAACAGCAGUUGGAAUGAACUGGACAUCAUCGUACGCAGUUGCAAAAAGCUCCAGUCCAGAUCCUUCAUGCAGCCCAGUCCGUAUGUGGUCUACAAGUUCUUCCACUUCCCAGACUACCCCACCUCCACCAUGCACGACUGCUGCGACCCUCACUUCAGCGACAUCAAGUCCUACUCGGUUCUGAUGGAUGCCUGUCUGGAUCAGUACCUGAGGUCUGAGGCGCUUCACCUUUAUGUGUUUGACUACAAGGAGGAGCAGAUGGACGUCUAUCUGGGCAAAGCUGGUAUUCCAUUGGAGUCGCUGGUCCAGGACAAGGAGAUCUCAGGAGAGUUUGACCUGUACGACUUUUCCGGACGCCACGCUGGCCAAGUUGACGUUUCACUCAAAUGGAAGUCCCGCUACCUCGCCCCACCGGUCUUGCUCCAGACCACUACAAUGUCCACAGUCCUCCCAGUGGAAAAGCCAGCGGAGGAAGUGCGAAGCAGCAUGAAGGAGACCAAGGAACACCGAGGCCACUUUGAGUCCUCCCACUCUCAUUCUAACACUAUUGCCUCAAAGGAAGCGGCACUAAAGUCCACAAAGAAAAUUCUGGGCAAAGAGGCACAGGCUGCCAGAAGAGUCACCUUCCUGGAAGACACGCGUCCUGUCCAGCAGGCGUCGUCUAGAACGGUUCUCAGCCCAGCAGUGGAAGAAGAUGAGGACGAAGCAUCUGUGCUCUCUGAGGGGCAGCUGGUCCCUUCGAGCUCCCAGGGCACCUCGGAACUUUGGGACACCAACCGAGACGUUCUUCAAGAUGGUGAGAUGGCGCCGGGGUGCAGACGAAAUCGGAGCGACUCGACUCAGUCCGACAGUGACGACGGCAUUGUCCACCGUGUGGCUAGUGCCACGAAGGUGUUGGAGGGAGUGCGGGUGGAGGUCAUGUCUCUCAGCCUGCAGGCAGAGUCUCGGGUGUCAAAGGACAGCAGCGUGGUGCGUCUCUUUGUGGAGUACUCCUUUUUGGACAUGCCCACCGAGGAGACCCCCCUCUCCCUGCCCAAACCCCCCCCAGGAAAAAGCGUCAGCUUCAACUAUAGCAAAGUCAUUCCCGUGGACGCCGACACCAACAGGCCAAGACGCCGGCUGCUGAGGGAUGUCCUGCGAGGAAAGAACCCACACAUGGAGAGAAUUCGGUUCACGGUGGUGAGUGAGCCUCCAGAGGAGGAGGAGCAGGAGAGGGAGUGUGAGGAUGUGGGCGUGGCCUUCCUGAACAUCCCAGACCUGCUGCACAAACGAGGCAACGUGAUGGAGACAAACCUCAACGUUAUGGAGGACGGAGGAGAGCUGGUGGGCACUUUAAGCGUGUCUUUUGAGGGUUUGGAGACUCUGCGCGCCAUCAUUGAGGAGCCGGAUGCUGAGAAAAGUCUCCUCUCCUCGCUGUUGCGGUGACAUCAUCGUUGUCAGUCAGUUAAAAGUCAUGACUGACACUGGUCAUAUUACAGGCUAGCACAGUACAUCAGCUAGUUGUGAGAUGUCACAACAAGAAGCCUACUGACUUUCAUGAUAUUUGACCCAGGAUGAGGCUGUGGUCGACUGUCAGACUGCUAGUGAAGAAUGUAGUCUGUGUGACUGCAGGCAGUUAGGGGAGUGAAGGUGUACUAUACCUCCUCCCCCGAGGCAUCAAACUCCCACUGUCAUGUGAUCAUGCGGUGGACCACACACACGUUGUUAGUUGGUCAAAAUGUUACAAAAUCAGCUGCUAACCUGGUCUUGGUCCCAUGACCAUAUGUGACCAUGUAAAAGAAGAGGUCCUUUGAAGUUUAUUGUGUGAAGUUGUUUUUAAACAAAUAAAUGUUUUCUAUGUGA